UCUCCUCUCAGGCGGAUUAUGUCAAGUCGGUGAUCGGAAAAAAAGUAUUUUGACGCUUGCUUGAUUCAAUCAGAGAGAUCAACAACCAAAGUUGAGAAAAGCCUGUGAGAAAGAGAGAGAGAAAGAAGAAGAAGAAGAAGAAGAAGAAGAUGGCGCAACCGAGUAAAGAACCUUGCAAGAAAGAGGCUUGCGACAUCCAAGCAUGUCUCUCCAAGAACAAUUUUCUUCCUCAAAGGUGCCAGAGAGUGAUAGAGAUGUUACAGGCUUGUUGUGAGAGAUGCAAUAACGAGUCAACACAUUGUGGAUCUGUAGCUGCUCUCUUGAAGCAAAUCAAGAAGUAAUAUAUAAACACAAUAGUUAAACGAAACAGAGGCAUAACAAGAAACUUCAAGGCACAUCUCUUCUGUAUUUUAUUUUAUUUUUUUGGUCGUCCAAAGAGAUAUUUCUCUGUGUAAUUCUGUCACCCAACAAAUAAAGAAAUAUAUUUUUAUUAAAUUUGAAAAAAAAGUUGGAUUUUC